UAAUCCAAAAAUUCCUGUUCUGUGAAUUACUAAAGAAAUAAAAUGUGAAUAAAGAACUUAAUAAAAUAAGAGGUACAAUACCCAUUCCGAAGUGCACAUUCAGUGUUCCUCUUCCCCUUUUCCAUCCUAAAAUAUUCAGGGCCAAAGACAUUAGGUGUACAGAACAAAGGAACAUCUACACCUGGUUGUCCACAGCCAAGUGUCAGUGACCUACCAGAGGAAAAGAUGCUAGAACCACAGGAGAAUGGCAUGAUUGACCUACCAGAUUAUGAGCAUGUAGAAGAUGAAACUUUUCCUCCUUUCCCACCUCCAGCCUCUCCAGAGAGACAAGACGGUGAAGGAAUUGAGCCUGAUGAAGAGUCAGGAAGUGGAGCACUUGUUCCUGUACCUCCAAAGAGAACAGUUAAAAGAAAUAUACCCAAGCUGGAUGCUCAGAGAUUAAUUUCAGAGAGAGGACUUCCAGCCUUAAGGCAUGUAUUUGAUAAGGCAAAAUUCAAAGGUAAAGGUCAUGAGGCUGAAGACUUGAAGAUGCUAAUCAGACACAUGGAGCACUGGGCACAUAGGCUAUUCCCUAAACUGCAGUUUGAGGAUUUUAUUGACAGAGUUGAAUACCUGGGAAGUAAAAAGGAGGUUCAGACCUGUUUGAAACGAAUUCGACUUGAUCUCCCUAUUUUACAUGAAGAUUUUGUUAGCAAUAAUGAUGAAGUUGUGGAAAAUAAUGAACAUGAUGUAACUGCUACUGAAUUAGAUCCCUUUCUGACAAACUCAUCUGAAAGUGAGAUAUUUGCUUCUGAGUCAAGUAGAAGCCUAACAGAAGAGCAACAACAAAGAAUUGAGAGAAAUAAACAACUGGCCUUGGAAAGAAGGCAGGCAAAGCUGCUGAGUAAUAGUCAGUCCCUAGAAAAUGAUAUGUUAAUGAAUACAGCCAGGGCACACAUGGUUGAAGAGGUUAAUACUGAUGAAGAUCAAAAGGAUGAGUCAAAUGGAUUAAACGAAGACAUUCUAGACAAUCCAUGUAAUGAUGCUAUUGCUAAUAAUUUAAGUGAAGAAGAGGAAUUAAAAUUAGAGGAAACACUGGUGGACCAGUCUUUUAAAAAUGUGCAACAGCAACUUGAUGCUACAUCCAGAAAUAUUACUGAAGCUAGAUAAGUUUCCAUUAAGAGAAAAUGUAUCUGUUAAGUCAUCAUCCUGCAAGCUUGGCGUUACUAUGUAUUUUUUCUUCUUGGAGUGAAAAUCCUUAGGUAGUAAAACUUUUACAGAUUAUUGUUUAAAAUCUGGUAAUCUGGUAUUUAUUUAUAAUUAUGCUUGUCACUUUAGUUAAAUCUAUUUGUUCUCUUUAGUGUUGGGUUUUAUAUAGAUGUUUCUUCAUAAAAUGAUUAGUAGGUAAUAAGGAGUUUCUGCUGCUGGUCUGUCAUUGAAUGCCUUGUUUUCACUAAGUUUGGAGGUUUUGUUUCUGUUGUUUACUGCUCCUUGCAAAACAGGGUUAACCCAUGGACAGUGUGCCCAGAAUAGUCUGGGUGAAGUUUAUUUGUUUGUUUGUUUGUUUUGAGACAGUCUCGCUCUGUCAGCCAGGCUGGAGUGCAGUGGCACAAUCUCGGCUCACUGCAGCCUCCACCUCCUGGGCUCAAGCAAUUCUGCCUCAGCCUCCUGAGUAGCUGGGAUUACAGGCAUGUGCCACCAUGCCCGGUUAAUUUUUGUAUUUUCAGUAGAGACAGGGUUUCACCAUGUUGGCCAGGCUGGUCUUGAACUCCUAACCUCAGGUAAUCCGGCCCCCUUGGCCUCCCAAAGUGCUGGGAUUAUAGGCGUGAGCCACCGCGCCCAGCCUGGGUGAAGUUUUAAGAUGUACAUAUAUUCAAUAUUAAUGUCAGUUUUUUAAAGGAAGUAAAAAUUUUCUUAAAAACUA